GCCUGGUCGAGAUGCAUCAUGGGGUACUUUAGCGGAGGUGGUGGUGUUAGAUCUGGAUCCGAAGCCAAAGACGUACGAUACUCCUAAAAAUGAAUAUUUUCAAUACUUUAUCCUGCCUCAGUCUUGACCGCUGCAGUCGUGAAACGGAUUUACCUAAAGAAUAACCUGGAAGUAUUAGCAAUAAUAGAAACUGAAAGAGCCUGGUUGAGCACCUUAUCGUUCCUUCUCAAGUUGAUCAACCAAUCAUAGAUCCCCAACCUUCCUCCACACUGCCUUCCUAAUUGGGACCUUAGACAGCUCCACACUAAAACACAGCAAGAAACAGGCCGCCCGAUUAACGCUGCAUUUCACACCGUCUAAAACAUCUUGACAAAAACGUAUAAACAACUUCGACUAAUCACACAAUCCCUCAAAAUGCCUCCUACAAAGCUCCCCGAGUCUGGAAACCCUCUUGUCUUUCUUGACAUUACUCUCGGAGGUGAACCUCUUGGCCGCAUCCAGAUCGAACUCUUUAAGGAUGUCGUACCAAAGACAGCUGAGAACUUCCGCCAGUUCUGCACCGGCGAGAGCAAGAACAGUGCCGGCCGUCCUCAGGGUUACAAGGGCUCCAAGUUCCACCGCAUAAUCCCAAACUUCAUGUGCCAAGGUGGUGACUUUCUCAAUAACGAUGGUUCAGGAUCGACCUGCAUUUGGGGCUACAAGAACUUUGAAGACGAGAACUUCACUCUCAAGCAUGAUCAGCCUGGCCUCCUAUCGAUGGCUAACGCUGGACCUAAUACCAAUGGUUCCCAAUUCUUCAUCACAACUGUUCCCACACCUUUCCUCGAUAACAAGCAUGUCGUCUUUGGCAAGGUCGUCGACGGCAUGGACGUGGUAAAGAAGAUGGAGGCUACCAAAACUGGCUAUGCUGCCCCGGAUAGACCGAACCUCGACGUAGUCAUCUCCCAGUGUGGUGAAAUGUAAACGUUCAUGGUGUUGCUGGCUUUGUGGAGUGUCUCUUGUUGGAAGACACAAGGAGAUACGGGACUGUAAAACACGAUCUGGUGCUGGGGAAGCCGAGAUCUGGAUCAGUAGAGAUACCAUCCCGAAUACACAUCUCGAUGUGCCCCUAGCUCGGCGCUUUUCAUGUCUUGCUUUGUUACACUCGUGUCUCUCGAGGUAAAUUAUAUGCAGCUUGUAUCACAAAUCAUGGCUCGGCAUCUGAUAUCAUCCUCCGUAUACCAGAAGUUGGGUCUUGAGAAUCCUAAGACAUAGAAAGUGUAGGAAUUCAUGGACAUCAUUCCAAACUAUCUGCCAUGAAACGAUUAGUUA